CGAGUCCCCGCACUUUGUUCCGCCAGGGGGCGCUCGGCCAGGCGCCGACUCCGGGGGAGACGGGACGCGGGGAAGGCGGAGCCCGGCCCGGCAAGAUGGCGCCGCCCGCGUUGUUGCGCCCGUUUUCCAAGCUGCUGGCUCCGGCCAGGAUCCCAAGUGGCUCUUCAGCGCGAUCAAAAUUCUACGUGCGGGAGCCGGCACAUGACCGACCUGACUGGCUGAAAGUUGGACUGACCUUGGGCACCUCCGUCUUCUUGUGGAUCUAUCUCAUCAAACAACAUAAUGAAGAUGUUUUAGAGUAUAAAAGAAGAAAUGGGUUGGAAUAAACUAUUGAAAUACUAAUACAGUAUGCUUCAUAUAGUGAUUAUACCAGUUCCUUUGGAUUCACCAAUCUGUUGAGUUGUAAACGUGAGAGAAAAAGUUAUAUGUGAAUGUAUGUCAAAUCAGCAUUUGUUUGCAUCAUUAAAUGAAAAAAAUAAAAAAACUUCUGUGUUCUUCAGAUUA